AUCAUGCACGUGGUUUGGCAUAACUUGCAACAAAGUUGGAAGCAUGGUUGAGAUUAACCUUCCCGAAACAGAGCUGCAAGGUACGCUUGACAACUUCACCUUCUCUUCCUUUCCUUAUCUCCUCCGUCUCAAUCUCUACUUUAAUCAACUCACAGGAACCAUACUUGAGCAUGUUGGUAUUCUCUCCAAACUCACCCACCUCGAUCUCUCCAAUAAUAAUCUUUCCAGUGUUCUGCCUCCCACUUUUAGUAAUUUAAGUAGCUUGCAAUUCUUAGUCCUCUACAAAAAUGAAAUCAGUGGCACGAUACCAUUAGAGAUAGGACAUAUGAAAAAUCUGGUUAAACUGUCAAUAGGAUGGAAUUAAUUGACUUGUAUGAUUCCCCUUGUCCUGGCUAAUUUAAGCAACAUUCACUUUCUAUACCUGCAUACCAAUGAACUCGGUGGUCCAAUACCAUCAGAACUAGGAAAUCUAGAUAAUUUGAUUGACUUGCAGCUAGUUGGAAACAAACUUACCAGUCCAAUUCCUCAUUCUUUGACUAAUUUGAGUAAACUAGAGAAUCUGUAUUUGUAUGAGAAACAAUUAUCUAGUCUAGUGCCUUCAAAAAUAGGAAAUAUGAAAAAUCUACUUGGCUUGGCGCUACAUCAAAACAAACUCAAUGGUUCAAUCCCUCAUUCGUUGGCUAAUUUAAGUAGACUAGAGAAGCUCUAUUUGUAUGAGAAUAAAUUAUCAGGUCCGGUGCCUUUAGAAACUGGAGAUAUGGAAAAUCUGGUUGAAUUGUCGCUAUUUCAAAACAAACUCAGCGGUCCAAUUCCUCACUCUCUGGCUAAUUUGAGUAGACUAGAGAUUCUCUAUUUGUAUGAGAUUCAAUUAUCUGGUCCACUGCCUUCAGAAAUUGGAGAUAUGAAAAAUCUGGUUGACUUGGAGAUUUCUCAAAACAAACUCAGCGGUCAAAUCCCUCAUUCUCUAGCUAACUUAAGUAAACUAGAGAUUCUCUAUUUGCAAGAGAAUCAAUUAUCUGGUCUGCUACCUUCAGAAAUUGGAGAUAUGGAAAAUCUUGUUGAGUUGGUGCUAUAUCAAAACAAUCUCAGCGGUCCAAUCCCUCAUUCUCUAGCUAACUUAAGUAAACUAGAGACUCUCUAUUUGCAUGUGAAUCAAUUAUCUGGUCCGCUGCCUUCAGAAAUUGGGGAUAUGGAAAAUCUUUUUGGGUUGGUGCUAUAUCAAAACAAUCUCAGCGGUCCGAUCCCUCAUUCUCUGGCUAAUUUAAGUAAACUAGAGUUUCUCCUUUUGUUUGAAAACCAAUUAUCUGGUCCCAUACCUCAAGACUUUGGUAGCCAAGUAUCCAUUGUUGCAAUCGAAUUGAAUGACAACCUCUUAUCUGGAAACUUACCACAACAAAUAUGCCAAGGAGGAUCACUUCAAGAAUUAGCGGUUAAGAACAAUAGUCUCAUGGGUCCUAUUCCGGAUUUGAGAAAUUGCACAAGUCUGACGAGAGUUCGACUUGAAAACAACCUAUUUGUAGGAAAUAUAACCAACAGUUUUGGUGUACAUCCACAUCUUUAUUACAUUGAUAUGAGUCACAACAAACUAUAUGGAGAGCUAUCACCAAAUUGGGGAGAAUGUAAGAAUUUGUCGGUGCUAAAGAUUUCUGGAAAUAAUAUCAAUGGGAAGAUACCAUCUGAGGUUGGUCAGUUAACUCGACUUGGACAACUUGACCUUUCUUUCAACAAAAUUGUAGGAGGAAUACCAAAGGAACUCGGUAUCUUAUCCAGUUUGCUCAACUUAUAUUUAAAUGACAACCAGAUUUCAGGGCAUAUGCCAGUUGAAAUUGGCAAAUUAAUCAAUUUAGAGCAUUUAGACCUAUCAUCAAAUAGGCUAACUGGAUCAAUCCCCGCACAACUUUGUCAAUGCUCUAAACUUUUGUCAUUAAAUUUGAGUUGUAAUUCAUUCAAUGGAAGCAUUCCAUCUCAAAUUGGUGAUCUAGUAUUCCUACAAGCUCAAUUGGACCUUAGUCAUAAUUCAAUCAGUGGAAUAAUACCACCACAGCUUGCAAAGUUGAUGAUGUUGGAAAUUUUGAAUUUAUCCCAGCAUAUGAUCAUUGGCUCCAUCCCCCUUUCUCUCGAAGAUAUGAUUAGCUUAGUAUCUCUUGAUUUGUCCUAUAAUCAGUUGGAGGGUGUUGUUCCUAACAAUAGGGUUUUCAGACAUGCUGCUUCACCACAAGCAUUUAGAAACAACAAAGGGUUAUGUGGUGAACUUCAAGGUCUACUUCCCUGCAAUCGAUCUCGUACAAGUAAGCGAUAUGGUAAAAAUGGACACAAAGUCCUCAUAUCCAUCAUUACUUCUUUGAUAGGAACUGUGUUCCUUGCAUUUGCAAUUGUUGUUGUCCUUUUCCACUUGCGAAAAAAAAUGACAAAAGGAAAUGUAGAAGCAACAAGAAGAAACCAUGGCAAUAUAUUUUCAAUAUGGAAUUUCGAUGGCAAGAUUGCAUAUGAGGACAUAAUUCAAGCAACAGAGGAUUUUGAUGCCAAAUAUUGCAUUCGAGCUGGAACUUAUGGGAGUGUUUACAAAGCAAUCCUACCUACAGGUCAUGUAGUAGCCUUGAAGAAGUUCCAUCAAUUGGAAGGCGAGGUGAUAGUUGAUGAAAGCUUUGAGAAUGAGAUGCGUGUAUUAACAAAUAUCAGGCAUCGGAACAUUGUCAAACUUUAUGGGUUCUGCUCCCAUCCACAAUGCAUGUUUCUUGUUUAUGAGUACAUGGAAAAAGGAAGCUUAACACAUAUCUUGAGCAAUCAAGCCGAGGCUGUGGAGUUGGAUUGGCUAAAAAGAGUAAAUGUCAUCAACAGUGUGGCAAAUGCUUUGUCUUACUUGCAUCAUGAUUGUAUUCCACCAAUAAUUCAUCGGGAUAUUUCAAGCAAAAAUAUAUUGCUUGACUUGGAACUUGAGGCUCGUGUUUCUGAUUUUGGUGUUGCAAGACUGUUAAAGCCAAACUCAUCUAAUUGGACGUCACUCAAAGGAACUCGUGGAUAUAUUGCUCCAGAGCUUGCCUACACCAUGGCUUUAACUGAUAAGUGUGAUGUAUAUAGUUUCGGAGUAGUGACAUUAGAAAUAAUUAUGGGAAGGCAUCCAGGGGAGUUCAUCUCAUCUGUAACGUCACCAGUUGGCCAAAAGAUGCUAUUAAGGGACAUGCUAGACCCACGUCUCAGCUUCCCAUCAGAUCAAAAGGUUGCAAAGGAUGUGGUUUCUGUUGUGAGAAUAGCAAUUGCAUGUUUACAUAGUCACCCACAAUCCCGCCCAACUAUGCAUCAAGUAUCAAAAGAGCUACUUGUUCUCCGACCAUCAUUUGUGGAGCAUUUUUAUACAAUUACUGUAGGUCACCUAAAUGAUAUUGAAGUACAAUAAUUGUGAUCGA